AUGGGUGACGCUCUGAUGGCUGAGUUUGGGAAGGCGGCUCCUUUCCUAAGAAAGUCAGACAAAGAGCGUCUGGAAGCUCAGACCAGACGUUUUGACAUCAAGACUGAAUGUUUUGUAGUGGACGAUAAAGUUGAAUAUGUGAAGGGACAAAUCCAGAGCAAAGACGGAGGGAUGGUGACUGUCAAGAAGGCUGAUGGAACAACUGUCACUGUGAAGGAGACUGAUGUUCACCCCCAGAACCCGCCAAAAUUUGAUAAAAUUGAAGACAUGGCGAUGUUCACUUUCCUCCAUGAGCCUGCUGUGCUGUUCAACCUCAAAGAGCGUUACGCAGCGUGGAUGAUCUACACCUACUCCGGGCUCUUCUGUGUCACCGUCAACCCCUACAAGAUGCUUCCUGUCUACGACUCUGAGGUGGUGGCUGCCUACAGGGGAAAGAAGAGAACCGAGGCCCCCCCUCACAUCUUCUCAAUCUCUGAUAACGCCUACCAGUACAUGCUGACUGACAGAGAGAACCAGUCUGUUCUCAUCACCGGAGAAUCCGGAGCAGGAAAGACGGUGAACACUAAAAGAGUCAUCCAGUACUUUGCCAGCAUCGCAGCUGUCGGUGGUGGAGGCAAAAAAGACACCAGCAAGGGAACACUCGAGGACCAGAUCAUCCAGGCCAAUCCUGCACUGGAGGCCUUUGGCAACGCCAAAACGCUGAGAAACGACAACUCGUCUCGUUUUGGAAAAUUCAUUCGAAUUCACUUUGGUACGAGCGGCAAACUGUCCUCUGCCGACAUCGAGACGUACCUGCUGGAGAAGUCACGCAUCACUUUUCAGCUUAAGGCUGAGAGGAACUAUCACAUUUUUUACCAGAUCCUGUCCAAUCAGAAGCCUGAGCUGCUGGACAUGCUGCUGAUCACCAACAACCCGUAUGACUACUCCUACAUCUCCCAAGGCGAGGUAACCGUAGCCUCCAUCGAUGACUCGGAGGAGCUGGUGGCCACCGACAGUGCCUUCGAUGUGCUCGGCUUCACUCCAGAAGAGAAGAUGGGUGUCUAUAAACUUACUGGUGCCAUCAUGCACUACGGCAACAUGAAGUUCAAACAGAAGCAGCGUGAGGAGCAGGGUGAACCUGACGGGACGGAGGCUGCCGAUAAAUCAACCUACCUGAUGGGGCUGAACUCUGCCGACCUCAUCAAAGGCCUGUGUCAUCCCAGGGUCAAGGUAGGAAAUGAAUAUGUCACCAAAGGCCAAAGUGUGGACCAAGUCUACUACGCCAUCGGUGCUCUGGCCAAGUCAGUGUAUGAAAAGAUGUUUAACUGGAUGGUGGUGAGAAUUAACCAAUCCCUGGCCACCAAACAGCACCGUCAGUACUUCAUAGGAGUGCUGGACAUAGCUGGAUUUGAGAUAUUUGAUUUAAACACCUUUGAGCAGCUGUGCAUCAACUACACUAACGAGAAACUGCAACAGUUUUUCAACCAUCACAUGUUUGUGCUGGAGCAAGAGGAGUACAAGAAGGAAGGGAUUGAUUGGGAGUUCAUUGACUUUGGGAUGGACUUACAAGCUUGUAUCGACCUAAUUGAGAAGCCGCUUGGGAUCCUGUCCAUUCUGGAGGAAGAAUGCAUGUUUCCCAAAGCCAGUGACCAGACUUUCAAGUCCAAGCUCUACGAUAAUCAUCUGGGCAAGAACAAGAUGUUUGAGAAGCCGAAGGCAGCAAAGGGGAAAGCAGAGGCUCAUUUCGCCCUGGUUCACUAUGCUGGUACUGUUGACUAUAACAUUGGUGGUUGGCUGGUCAAAAACAAAGAUCCCCUGAAUGAAACUGUGGUCGGUCUUUACCAGAAAUCUUCUCUGAAGCUCCUCAGUGUGUUGUUUUCAAGUUAUUCAGGGACUGAUGGUGGUGACAAGGGAAGUGGAAAAGGAGCCAAAAAGAAAGGCUCCUCAUUCCAGACGGUGUCUGCACUUCACAGAGAAAACCUGAAUAAACUAAUGAACAACCUGAAGACCACACAUCCUCACUUUGUCCGAUGUCUAAUUCCUAAUGAUCAGAAAACCCCAGGAGUCAUGGACAACUGCCUUGUGAUGCACCAGCUGCGCUGUAACGGUGUCCUAGAAGGUAUCAGAAUCUGCAGGAAGGGUUUCCCAAACAGGGUGCAUUAUGGCGACUUCAAACAGCGGUACAGGAUCCUUAAUGCCUCUGCCAUUCCUGAGGGUCAAUUCAUCGACUGUAAGAAAAGUGCUGAGAAGUUGCUGGGAUCACUUGACAUAGACCACACUCAGUACAGGUUUGGCCACACAAAGGUUUUCUUUAAAGCUGGCUUGCUGGGAACUCUGGAGGAAAUGCGAGAUGAGCAACUCUCUCGGAUCAUCACCAGGAUCCAGGCUAAUGCCCGGGCCCUCCUCAUGAGGGCACAGUUUGCUAAACUAGUGGAACGUAGGGAUGCUCUGAUGGUCAUCCAGUGGAACCUUCGCUCUUUCCUUGGUGUAAAGAAUUGGCCAUGGAUGAAGUUGUUCUUCAAGAUCAAACCUUUGCUAAAGAGUGCUGAAUCCGAGAAAGAGAUGGCCAACAUGAAAGACGAGUUCAACAAGCUAAAAGAAGCGCUGGAGAAAUCCGAAGCAAGACGAAAGGAAAUAGAGGAGAAAAUGGUGACUCUUCUCCAAGAUAAGAAUGAUCUGACUCUGCAAAUCCAGUCUGAACAGGAUACUCUGACAGACGCUGAAGAACGCUGUGAACAGCUUAUCAAGAGCAAGAUUCAACUGGAGGCCAAGCUGAAGGAGCUGACAGAAAGACUAGAAGAUGAAGAGGAGCUGAAUGCAGACCUCACAGCAAAGAAACGCAAACUUGAGGAUGAAUGCUCCGAGUUGAAGAAAGAUAUCGAUGACCUGGAGCUGACUCUGGCCAAAGUUGAGAAAGAGAAACAUGCUACAGAGAAUAAGGUGAAAAACCUAACGGAGGAAAUGGCUUCCCAGGAUGAGACCGUCAUGAAACUGACCAAAGAGAAGAAGGCACUGCAGGAGGCUCACCAGCAGACACUGGAUGACCUUCAGAGCGAAGAGGACAAAUCCAACAGUCUGAACAAAGCUAAAGCUAAGCUGGAGCAACAGGUAGAUGAUUUGGAGGGCUCGCUGGAGCAAGAGAAGAAAGUCAGGAUGGACCUUGAGCGCUCAAAGAGGAAGUUCGAAGGAGACCUGAAACUGACCCAGGAGGGUUUGAUGGACUUGGAGAAUGAUAAACAACAGCUUGAAGAAAAGCUCAAGAAAAAAGACUUUGAAGUUGUCCAAAUUCAUUCAAGACUAGAAGACGAACAGGUGGCUUCAGUUCAGCUCCAGAAGAAGCUGAAAGAAAACCAGGCGAGAAUUGAGGAGCUGGAAGAGGAGCUGGAUGCCGAGCGUGCAGCCCGGGCCAAAGUGGAGAAGCAGCGCUCCGAUCUUUCCCGCGAGCUGGAGGACAUCAGUGAACGCCUGGAAGAAGCAGGUGGAGCAACAUCGGCUCAGGUGGAGCUGAGCAAGAAAAGAGAUGCUGAAUUUCAGAAGCUGCGAAGGGAACUGGAAGAAUCCACCCUCCACCAUGAGGCAACUGCUGCCACCCUGAGGAAGAAACAUGCAGACAGUGUCGCUGAACUGGGUGAGCAGAUUGACAACCUGCAGCGAGUGAAGCAGAAGCUGGAAAAAGAAAAGAGUGAGCUCAAACUUGAGCUGGAUGACUUGUCUUCUAACAUGGAGAGUGUUGUGAAGGCCAAGUCAAACAUUGAGAAGAUCUGUCGUACGAUGGAAGACAACAUGAACGAGUACAAGAGUAAAUAUGAGGAAGCUCAACGAAGUGUCAAUGACUUGAACUCACAGAGGGCCAAGCUGCUCACGGAGAAUGGGGAAUUUGGACGCCAGCUGGAGGAGAAGGAGUGUCUGAUAUCACAGCUCACUAGAGGGAAGAACUCAUACAACCAGCAGGUAGAAGAUCUACGCAGACAGCUAGAAGAGGAGAUCAAGGCAAAGAAUGCUCUUGCCCAUGCUGUGCAGUCUGCUCGUCAUGACUGUGAUCUGCUCCGAGAACAGUUUGAAGAAGAGCAGGAAGCAAAGGCUGAGCUGCAGAGAGCUCUGUCAAAAUCGAACACAGAGGUCUCAGCAUGGAGGACAAAAUAUGAAACUGAUGGAAUUCAGAGAACAGAAGAGCUGGAAGAAGCCAAAAAGAAGCUUGUUCAGAGACUGCAGGAAGCAGAGGAGGCCAUUGAGGCAGUGAACGCAAAGUGUUCAUCUCUUGAGAAGACCAAACAUCGCCUCCAAAAUGAGAUUGAAGACCUAAUGCUGGACCUCGAGCGAUCCAAUGCAGCAUCUGCAGCACUGGACAAGAAGCAAAGAGCCUUCGACAAAGUCUUGGCAGAGUGGAAGCAGAAAUUUGAGGAGUCACAGUGUGAGCUGGAGGCCUCUCAGAAGGAGGCUCGGUCUCUGAGUACUGAACUCUUCAAACUGAGAAAUGCCUAUGAAGAGAGUCUUGAUCAACUCGAGACAAUGAAGAGAGAGAACAAAAACCUCCAGGAGGAGAUCUCGGACCUCACUGACCAGCUUGGAGAGGGUGGCAGAAGUGCCCAUGAACUGGAGAAGAUCCGGAAGCAGCUUGAACAAGAAAAGGCUGAGCUCCAGUCGGCACUGGAGGAGGCAGAAGGUUCGCUGGAGCAUGAAGAGAGCAAAAUCCUGCGAGUUCAACUUGAAUUCAACCAGGUGAAGGCCGAGAUGGAGCGGAAAGUGGCUGAGAAAGACGAGGAGAUGGAGCAGGCCAAGAGAAACUACCAACGCAUGCUUGAGUCACUUCAGUCCUCUCUGGAAUCUGAGACCAGGAGCCGCAAUGAGGCCCUGAGAGUCAAGAAGAAGAUGGAAGGUGAUCUAAACGAGAUGGAGAUUCAGCUCUGCCAAGCUAACAGGCAGGCAGCUGAGGCCCAAAAACAGCUCAAGAGCCUCCAGGCCUUCCUGAAGGACACUCAACUGCAGCUGGAUGAUACACAGCAUGGCAACGAUGAGCUGAGAGAGAACAUCGCUCUCCUUGAACGACGAAACAACCUGAUCCAGGCUGAGCUUGACGAACUGAGGGCUGCUCUCGAGCAGACGGAAAGAAGUCGGAAACUUGCUGAACAGGAGCUCACUGACACAAGUGAGCGAAUGCAACUUCUACACUCCCAGAACACUAGCCUGAUCAACCAGAAGAAGAAGCAUGAAACAGAUCUCCUCAACCUGCAGAAUGAGAUUGAGGAGGCCAUACAGGAGAAUCGCAAUGCUGAGGAGAAGGCAAAGAAGGCCAUCACAGAUGCAGCUAUGAUGGCUGAGGAGCUCAAGAAGGAGCAGGACACCAGCGCCCAUCUGGAGCGCAUGAAGAAGAACAUGGAGCAGACCAUCAAAGACCUGCAGCACCGUCUGGACGAGGCCGAGCAAAUUGCCAUGAAGGGCGGCAAGAAGCAGCUCCAGAAACUGGAGGCUCGCAUCAAAGAGCUGGAGAAUGAGCUAGAGGCUGAGCAGAAGAGGGGAAUCGAAUCGAUCAAAGGGGUUCGCAAGUACGAACGCCGCAACAAGGAGCUCACCUACCAGACUGAGGAAGACCGCAAGAACAUGGCUCGCCUCCAGGACCUGGUGGACAAACUACAGCUGAAGGUCAAGUCCUACAAACACGCAGCUGAGGAGGCUGAGGAGGUGGCAAACACCAACAUGGCCAAACUCCGCAAACUGCAGCACGAACUGGACGAGGCGGAGGAGAGAGCCGACAUUGCCGACUCACAGGUGAACAAGUUGAGGGCAAAGACCCGGGAUGGAUCCUCCAAGAAGGGCCUGGAUGAGUGA